AUGACCAUGAGACGCGGAACGAGGCCGCUAUGCGCGCUGGCGCUGGCGCUGCUCUGCGUGGCGGCGCACUUCCAGGGCGCUUCCUGCCGGAGCGGCCGCGGCAGCGGGGCAAGAGGCGAAGGCGGUGCUAGCUUCGGAAGAAAGGGUGGCGGAGGCGGAGGCGGAGGCGGGGGCUCCGGCGGAAGGAGGGGCGGAGCCGGCGGCGGCAGCGCGAGGACCGCCGCUGCCUCGGGAGCGUCGAACAUCAACGGGCGCCGCAGCGCCGCGGCGGCUGGCGUGAGCGGCGGCCAUGGUGGAGCGUGGAAGGUGGCGGGCGCCCUCGCCGCGGCGGCGAUCAUCGCCGUCUGA